UCCUCUUGUAUGGAGCGAGAGGAGCAGCGAGCCGGACGAUCAGAGCUCACACACCGGGUCGGAUUCUGCAGCAGAGGUGGGGGCGUCACACUCAGAACCAGAACCACCAGAACUCUCCGUGAGAACCCUCCGGUACCGGACUUUUAAAAAUACUGCCUCCUUAAAACAGGUUGUUUAUUUAUUGUGAGCACCGUUCUGAUUGACUUGCACGGAGAGUUUCUUAUGCACUUUGUUGCCGGACAAAGGAGAACAGCACCGAGCAGGUCAUUACUGUAGAUACAGUCCGGAUCGCAUGUUUAAAUCGUGCACUUCUGAAUUUAAAAGGCGGAUUUCUGCUAAGUGAGUGGCUCUGGGUUUAUUUGUUAUUAUAGCUGCAGGAGUGCGAGUACAUCUCUAUAGAGAACGAUUCCCCGCAGCAUCGAUCUCAGCCUACUUCCCCCCCAGCUCCACCGAUCCGGUUAUAGUUUUACUUCACUCCGGGACAAAUAUGAUGCGAACGCCCAAAGGCGUUUCUCCGGCAGCGGCGGGUCGUCCCGCGGUGGGUCUGCCCUGCUCCCAGCACAAGAUGAAGGUCUUCUCCAGCGGAGCAGCAGUGAAGGCCGAGUUCUUCAGCACCGGACUGUCCAGCCCGCCGAUGAGCACGGUGCCGGUGGGAUACUUCACCCAGAUCUGCAACACGGCCCUGGCCGAACAAAGAGCCCACAGCCUGUACUCAACCCCCCACGGACCAGAGGCUAAACCCAUCAGAUCAUCCUCCGGGCGGCUGCCGGCUAAAAGGAAGCUGGAUCUCGAGGACCCUCUUUACCUCCCAGAGUUCCGCACGCCAAAAGGCAAAGGCAGCAUCACAGCCAGGAUACCAAGUCCAAGAACUCCAAAGUCUCCUGGUGAGCGGACGCGGUACGACACCUCCCUGGGCCUGCUGACCAAGAAGUUUGUGGGUCUGAUCGCGGAGUCUCCCGAUGGAGUUCUUGACCUGAACUGGGCCACCGAGGUUCUGGAGGUCCAGAAGAGACGCAUCUAUGACAUCACCAACGUCCUGGAGGGAGUGCAGCUGAUCAGAAAGAAAUCAAAGAAUAACAUCCAGUGGCUGGUUGGAGACGUGUUUGAAGGCGGUGCAGGCGGAGGAGAGAAGGCGUGUGCCCUGAGGAAGGAGCUGGGCGACCUGGAGAGGGCGGAGCGGUCUCUGGACGAGCUCAUCCAGUCCAGCACCACGCAGCUCAAACAGCUCACUGAAUACAAAGACAAUCAGAGGCUAGGCUACGUGACGUACCAGGACAUCCGCUCCAUCGGCAGUCUCCGAGACCAGACGGUCAUCGCUGUCAAGGCCCCGGCUGAGACCAAGCUGGAGGUGCCAGACGCAGCGGGGCAGGAGUCAUUACAGAUCUACUUAAAGAGUAAAAACGGCCCCAUCGAGGUCUACCUUUGUCCGGAGGAGGGUCUCGAAGAUGCCAGCCCCGUUAAGAGCCUUGUCACGCCCAAGGAGGAGUUUCCCCCCCCUCUCGGUCUUCAAGCUGCCACUCCGAUGGCACAAACAUGUUACAGCAUCAAGGAGGAGCCUGUUGAAUCCAACCUGUCGACCGCUGCAGUUCCCGCCGCCCUCUCGGCUUCAGCCUCCACCUCGGCUCUGCUGGACGUAGAGAGGCUGUUGGGUUUGCCCCCCAGCCUGCUGCAGAUCACCGAGGACCAGCUCCCCGGCACCUCGUUCGCCCCAGAUCCCAACACGCCCUUUGUCAGCUUCUCGCCCCCCUUGGACCACGACGAUUACCUCUGGAGCCUGGACGAUGGCGAGGGAGUGUCUGAUUUCUUUGACACCUACGACCUCGGGGAUCUGCUGAAGAGCUGAGGUAUCACUGAAGGAAGGGGGGGGAAAGAAAUGUAGGCGGGGGGGGGGGGGGGGAUAUUUAAUCGAAAUGCCUUCUCAAAGUAGGAAAUAUUACACUAUGAAGCCAUCUCUCUUUUUUGCCAUGCCUGUUUUAAUGUCAGUGAUUCCAAAGGGUGAUAUAAACCCUAUGUUAAUGUUAAUUAAGUAAAAAUCCCAAUUGUACAUAUUUUUGUAAAAAAAAUCUCUCAGUCGGGGAGACUGAGAUUGGCACUGGUGUGUGUGUGUGUGUGUGUGUGUGUGUGUGUGUGUGUGUGUGUGUGUGUGUGUGUGUGUGUGUGUGUGUGUGUGUGUGUGUGUGUGUGUGUGUGUGUGUGUGUGUGUGUGUGUGUGUGUGUGUGUGUGUGUGUGUGUGUGUGUGUGUCAUUUCUGACUUAAAGAAACACUGUUUAAAAAGCAGGGACUUUUUCACAUUGUGCUGCAAAGAGAAAGCAUUUGUAGUCUCACACAAAUCUGUGAGUCACUAUGCAUCUUACCAGCAAAAGACCUGGUAGAGGUUUGGGUGCCAAGCCGGUGUUUACAGUGUGACAACUCAGGAAAAUGUGCUUUUUCUUCCUUGUUUCCAAAGUCUAAAUGAUUGUGCCACUCUUUGGCCCAUAGGGGGCAGCCUUGUAUUAAGUUAGCUUUAACUGCCGUGCAGCUUUUUCCAGGAUUCAAUCAAAGUGGAUGAGAGUAAGCUAAAGCCACCAAGAAACCUCACACAGGGUCCUCGUAUCUUCAACGUGCAUCACAUGAAACUGUGAAUGACAUGUCCUCGUGGAUCCACUGGGUGUCUGCAGCUCCAAUGCACUGUCACGUGAAAUCUGAGCGUAGAUAUUAGACGAGCAGCUGAUUUGAAACGUUGGCUCUUCGACUGCCUCAAGCUUUUUGGCAGGCCUUGUUACCUGUUUGGUGUUUGCAUCGUGUGCCAAACCACACAGGCUGUGGAGGCCGGUUCUGGACUCGGAGCCAGAGAUUGUGAGCGAUGAAUCGGUGCUAAUCACUUUGUUUCAAAUCCAGUUGCUCCUGUGAGAAUAUUUUAACCGAUGCGUGUUUUUUUAUGAAGUGGUGUCAAACUACUGUUCUAUUUCUGAGGAAAUAACCCAAAAGAAUGAAAUGCAGCAUCUGUGUUGCAGAUGUGAUGGAAGGUUCGUUAAUUUAUGUAAUUAAGGUUGAAUUAGAUUCGUCUCCAUUUGUUCUGAAAUGGAGUUUGUUGAUUGAAUAGAAGCAGAGACCAUGAGGAAUUUAACUGUUUGGAUUUCAGGCCUUUGAAUCCCCCCCCGCCCCCAUGUGUUUUGGUGCAGCCCCUUUUUAAAUAGUGCACCAGAACUCAAGAGCAGCUGUGACUUUUACCUGUUAAAGAAAUUUGAAUUUCACGCCGAUGCUUUUUUGGCUUUCCCUCUAUGUCGCAGAGAUAAGCUAACUGUCCUGUCCUAACGAAACUUGAAAAACGUGUGCGUGCGUGUGUGUAUUUGAUAGUUUGGGAAGCGGGUGUUUACAGUGUGUUUCGUGUGUGUGGUUUUACAAAUGUAGUUUAGAGAAUGUUAAUUCAGAAUUUGUAGGUUUCUUUUUCAAUUAAAAUUAUUUUUCUGGUAUUUGUACAUAAGUUAUUUUUGUAUUUAUACCUAUUUUUUUUCCUGAAUUUGUAUUUGGGUGUUGAUACUGGCCUUUCUGCAGAGGCCACGACUGUUUUUGUGAGACAUGCAGCACUUAAUAUUUUUGUAAUAUUGUGUGGUCUGUUUGAAAUAAUAAAAAAUAAAUUGAAGCCAUGGUUUACACCUUGAA